GCGAUCCCCUCCCGCGCGUCCGAAAGUUGUCCCGUACCCGACCCGGUUUGUUGUGACUGUUGGGUCCGGAUCAUCCCCUAACAUCUACAAAAUAUCUCCGUUUUCUUAUUUGGACUCCCUACCUAUUAUUUUCUCGAUUGUCCGAUUUUAAUCGAAGGGUCCGAUUCCCCCUAACCAAAACCCUCUUGCUAUUUAAACUGUCCAACCCUAGCCCUAGCCUGUGCAAUCUCCACCAAAUCCCCAUGCCGCCGCCACUCUCUCCCUUGGUUUUAGCGCCGAGCCAACCACCAUCCAUCUCCGACCUCCUCCCGUGUUUUCCGGCCACGAGCAGGAGCCCCUGCCUCGCACCUACUGCGGGCCUCCUCACCUGCAAGCAGCAGCAGCGCCCGAGCGCUCCUCUCCCUCGUCCCGCUCGUCUCCGGCACCAGCGCCGUCCGCCCCGGCAACCUCGACGUCGAGCUCCAGUAGGAACUGCUUCGCAAGCCCCUGUACCCGCGAGCGUCUGAGGCUGCGCCGCUCCACCUCGUCUCCAACUCCCGUCACGGCUCCUCCCCGCUCGCUGCUUCUCCUUCGCUUCCUCUGCUCCCUUUCCCUCUGGUUCCCUCUCACACCUGCUGUCUGCCUUCUCCAAAAAAACCUGCAGGAGCAUCCAUGGUCGUCCCCCAUCGUCGCUGCCUUCCCCUCGUCUCCCCGUGCAGACCACCCAAGGCCGCCCCAUGGAGCUCGCCUCCACCAACAGCAGAAACUCCUGAGUUCCCUCUCAUGGACCCAGCCCUGAGAUCCUCCUGCGCCUGCACCUGCAGAGCCGCCGGACCAGCAGGACCAUGCCGUCGCCUUGGCCUUCAUCGCCGCGACGCCCAGCUUGCCUGCGCCUGUUCCUGGACGGACCCGCCCUCCGGCCUUGCCUUCUGCCGCUGAAGACCCGCGCUGGGGUCUGCUUUGCUGCGCCGCCCCGCAGGCCCUCUGCUCUCCUGCGCCUCAUCCCCGACGCCGGCAGAGAGCCAGCGCCAAGCCCCUGCCUCCUCGUCCGCCGCGUCGAAGCUCCUUCGUCCGCGCUGUCGUUCGCUCCAGAUCCGGCCCCUCCGUCGGAUUCCGUCGCCCCAGUCCCGUUCCGGCCGGUCCCCGCCGAGGCCGCCUCGCCGGAGCCCCUGCAUCGCGUUGCCGCUCCCCUGCUUUACCUGCUGCUGCUGCCUCUAUUCUUCAGUAACGAGCAGCAGCUCGCUCACCUCGUCUCGCCUUUGACCACGCCUGGGCAGCGCGCCUCCAGAUCAGGCCCAGGCCCAGCUCCAGCGCCAAGGCCCAGCGCCCCUUCCAGCCUCCCUCUCCACCGACUGGGCCUCAGCCCAUGCUUCGGUUUCGUUCCGGAGUUGUGAGGAUUCGUUCGUCUACGUCCGCUUGUCUUCU